GGGAAGCGGGCCGCCAGAGCUCCGUGCGCCUCCGGCCGGGCUGGACCAAGCGUUCCACGUUCACAAUGGCGCCGCCAGUGCUGCCGCUUGCGUGUGCUCUGCUGACGCUGCUGCAGCGGACGACAGCACAGUCGCCCUUCUACACGGUGCCGCCGCCACUCAUCGAGGCCCUCAGCCCGAGGGGACUCCGCAUAUCCAUACCAGACGAGCUGGGCAUCGAGUUGUUCGCGGUGCACGCCAACAUCAACAAGCCGAUGGGCCUGCUGGAGGCGGGCCAGAUCUCGGUGGACAUCACCAAGCCCAAGGCCGGCCGCUGGGUCUACGAGGACCGCCGCGUGCGCCUCAAGCCUGGUGACGUCAUCAACUACUGGCUGUACGUGCAGGCCGACGGCCUGGGCUACCGCCGGGACGACCAGAACUUCACAGUUAAAGAGCUGGUGUCGCCAGAGGCGCCCCCUGAGGCGGCGGCUGAGGCUGCCCCCCUUCCAGGUGGUCCUCCAGGCCCCCCUGGUCCCCCAGGCUUCCCAGGCCCCCCUGGACCUCCUGGAGCACCCGGCCUGCCUGGACCACCUGGCCCACCUGCGGCUGCCGUCCCACCAGGCCUGGGACCACUGCGCCCGAGACCACCUGCCGCGGCCUUCCCGACACCACCGAUGCAGACAACGACACCGGCCUACCCGACAGAGCCGUGUGCACAGAGGUGCGAGGACCCUGAGCUGGCGCGUCAGGAGCUGCAGCAGUCGCGGCAGCUGCACGAGCUGCGGGUGAUGCACGAGGAGGAGCUGCACCGGCUGCGGCUGCAGAACCAGGAGGCGCUGCACCAGGAGCGGCUGCGGCUGCUGCGCGACGGCUGCGCGGUCCAGCCGCGGGCCGAAGCCGCCGCCGGCUCGGCAGCGCCCACGCCCGCGCCCGUGCCCGAGAACGCAGUCUGGCGCAGCCGCCGCGGCCUGCCGCCGCCCUAGACCCACACCACACACUGGCCAGCUCUCAAAACAAGUCUCUCACCCCUCCACCAAAGGGCUCAACUCCACCAGCUGCUCCAGUUCACGCGCAUGACAGCCAUUUCGGAUGAAACUGCCAGUGCAAUAGAGAAGGGCGAUAUUUAACGUAACGAUGAACCUAACACUGUUACUGAAACAUUCUUAAGUAAAUAACACGUUAAAUUUUUAAUACGGUUAUAGAAAAGUGGGUUUUCACCUUUCACCUCAUUUUUGGAUAUCAAUGAGAAACUAGUGUGGCUUUUAGUGCUCUUGUUCCUGCAGUUCAAACAAAUCGGGAACAGCCACCCUCAGGCUUCAGUCCUGCAACAUGUUACGCACAGAUACGCCCGCCCGGGAUAGAUGUAUUAGACACAGAUGUAAGUGUUACUCCUGACCGGAACAUAGUCGUUCCAUCUUUAACAGUUAACAGGGUCGAACUGUCGUGUGCAGACUCGUUCCACCACAAAAGCAGUGCAACCGUUCCAACCUGGAAGCCGUAACACCUUUACAGUUAGAAGAGUAAAAUAUUUCCUUUAGGCAGUGCUCAACACAUUCAAUGUUUUUAGAGAUGGGCGUCACAGAACUAAUGAAAGUUGUUGUAUUGAAUUUUUAUUCACAGACAACUAGAUUGAAUUUUCUUAUGUCCAGAAAUCAGGAGAGGUCUGUUUUAGUUGCUAAAAACUUUCUAAAGACAGAAUCGCAUAAAUAUUUCCUUACAACACUCAGUUUUAUAGACUUUGCGGUAUGUUCAGGUCAUCAAAAUUUUUUGUUAUAAAACGUGUUCAUUUUUUCCGAAACCUCUCGCCAAGUUUUCAUGCUAGUGGAUAAAAUGUAUAGCGUUAUAUAAAGGUUUUCAUACAUAAAACAUUUAAAAUCAAAAAGCGCACCGUACACCAGGCCAUGUCCAUAUAUUUAGCGCUCACAAAAGAUUGCUCUCAUAAAACUCACAGUAUACAAUAAAAUGUACAGUAACACGUCUGUUUAAGUUAGAUGGACAUGUUCCAAUCAUUGCACAUCCAUCUUAAAACAUGUCUUAUAACAAAAAUUUCUGAAGACCGAAAGUUUUUACCAAAGACAACUAGUUUAACUGACCAUCUUCAACAACACAUCAGGACUGCAUCAAGUUUAAGGAAGGUUCUCUGUCAUCAAAUAUUUCGUAUUCUUUGACCAGACAAUAGCUGCAACACAGUAAUUGAGGUCAUCUUUUGACUUGUUGAUGGUUCAUGGAACGAGCACGUAACAGAGGCUGCAGCUAAAAGCAAACAUGCAUUUCGCGCCGGGCAACCGUCCUUAAAUUUAAUGUAGCGUUGAUUUGAACUCACUGUCUGUGAAUAACAUCCUCAUUUUAGAACAGCUUUCAAUGGUUCCAUGAUUCCAUUCCUUACUUGAAACUGCGUUGUGCGAUCUCGUCCCUUUCUCGCGUCUUAUGCACAUAGUAUACCGUAAGGAAAUGAAGUAUAGCAAUUUCACAUAAUUUUUUUAUGUUAAGAGUGGUUGUCAACAAAGAAUAAAGGAAAACUCUUGUCUCUUUCAGAAAAUAUAUCUACAGCCAAAGUAAAAAAAUUAAGCAUUGAUUAAAAACUAUUGUAACCAGACAAGACAUCUGGAAAGAAAUAAAGCACCAGUUAAUUUGUCAUUCACAAUACUGUCGCUGAACUCAAGUAAGAAGCAUGCGGAAAAUGUUCUGUUUUUAAAUUUUAAGCUGAACUUUGGAUUAAGCAAUGAUACAUGGUCUGAUAAAAAUGCAAAUUAAAAAUUGUAUCUUUUGCUUUUUUGA